AUGGAUCUCGCCUACGCCUACAUUCCAGAGACCGCCCCAGAAGCAAACGACUCAGCCGAAACCUCCAAGCCGGACCAGGAGCAGCAGUCGUCGUCGCUCGAGGCCGAUAUCCAAGAUGCUUACAAGGCCAUCUCAUCCAGCGCGUGGGGCAUGAAGAUUGGUGGCUUCUUCGGCAAUGUGGUCAAACAGGGCGAGUCUGUUUAUACGCAGGCUCAGAAAGAGCUCGCCGAAGUAUCGGAGGAUGCGACCAAGGGCUUCACCGACCUGCGCGAAUCUAUCAUCAGCCGGACACGAGCGCUGUCGAUCAACACAUCGGCGCCAGGCGAAGCCCCCAAGGACGGCGAAGACAACCAGGCCACCCCGACAAAGACAAAGGCUGGCCCAUCCGACGAUGCCGCGCACGAAUCAGAGACUGUGCUUUCGCGUCUGAGGGCUGAGGCCGCCAAGCGACUUAAAGAUCUCCAAAAGGCGGAAGACGCUGCCGAUGAGGCACUCCUCCGGUUCGGCGGCAACGUCCGCGACUUCCUCCGCGACGCCAUCAGCGUUGCUCCGCCGGAUGAGUCUGAGCAAGGCAGCACCGUCUUGUUCGAGAGCCGCGAUGCGCAAGGCAAGCGCGUGAUCCACACGUCGCGCUUUGACGCCCAGCUUCAUGUGAUCCACACGGCCGUGGAGGGCUUUGCCAAAGACCCCUCAGGCGCAGAGUACGAGGCGUUUGUUAAGGACUUUGAUAUCGACAGCAAGACGGACGACAUCAGCGCCGACUUGGCCAAGUAUCCUGAGCUUCGAACCACGAUGGAGAAGCUGGUUCCGGAUCAGGUCCCGUACCCCGACUUCUGGAAGCGAUACUACUUCUUGCGACAUGGCAUUGAGACGGCUGAGUCGCGACGGAGAGACCUCCUCAAGGCGGCCGAGGCCGAGGAGGACGUUGGAUGGGGCGACUCCGACGACGAGACCGACCUUGGCAAGGAGGUCCACGCGAAACGCGCGGCCUCAGCCACCUCGUCCACUACCCUCCAGCCCAAGGGAGAGGGACUGCUCAAGCCAACCGAGUCACGAAAGUCAAACGACGAGAAGUCUCAAGCGGAUAGCGAAGCGAGUUACGACGUCGUGGGCGCCGCAUCGGGCAAGACCAGCCAGGCUCCGAACAGCCCCAAGGAGGUCAGGAAGGACGACGACAGCGAUGACGACUGGGAGUGA